GCGGAGUCAACCGACCAAAACAAGGCCCAGUCGCCCAGAUAACUGUUUGAUAACAAAGCGAUCAAAGUGGAGUCCUACACACUUUCUUGAUUCCAAUUUCUUACUCCACUAUUUGGGAAAUCCGUUUCGAAGAAUGAACCCCAAUCGAUAGCACACUAAAUCCAUUCCUUUUCUGCCAUAUACGUAGUAUAAUUUGUUUGAAGAACCCUAGGCAAUAGAAUUUGGAAUCAACGAGGAUUCUUUAUCUUGAUUUUUAGAUUGUUAGGUCAAGGGAAGAGGUUUGAGAUAGAGAGAGAAAGAAAUAGAGGAAUUUUGGUAUUUGGUGGAUGGUCUCAUGGGGGCGACGGGGUCUAAGCUCGAGAAAGCUCUAGGAGACCAAUUUCCGGAAGGCGAACGAUAUUUUGGACUCGAAAACUUUGGCAACACUUGCUACUGCAACAGCGUCUUGCAGGCUCUUUAUUUCUGUGUUCCAUUUCGUGAACAGCUGCUUGAAUACUAUGGAAACAGUAAAAAUCCAGGAGAUGUAGAAGAGAAUCUCCUUACGUGUUUGGCUGAAUUGUUUAUGCAGAUUAGUACACAGAAGAAGAAAACAGGUGUUAUUGCUCCAAAGCGUUUUGUACAAAGAGUGAAGAAAGAAAAUGAGCUUUUCCGUGGUUACAUGCAUCAGGAUGCACACGAGUUUUUGAACUUCUUGUUAAAUGAACUUGUUGACAUACUGGAGAAAGAAACAGCAAAAGGUCCAGCAGAAAAUUUAUCACCUCCUGAAAAGAUCACUAAUGGGCCACAUGCUGGUCUGGUGAAUGGUGCAAAGAAAGAACCGUUAGUUACCUGGGUUCACAAAAACUUUCAGGGUAUACUUACAAAUGAGACAAGGUGUCUAAGGUGUGAAACAGUGACUGCAAGGGAUGAGACAUUCUUGGAUUUGAGCCUCGAUAUAGAGCAGAACAGUUCAAUUACGAGUUGUUUAAAAAACUUCAGUUCCACAGAGACCUUAAAUGCCGAGGAUAAAUUUUUCUGUGAUAAAUGCUGCAGCUUGCAGGAAGCACAAAAGAGGAUGAAGAUAAAGAAGCCACCGCAUAUUUUGGUUAUACAUUUGAAACGUUUCAAGUACAUGGAACAGCUCGGUAGGUACAAGAAGCUAUCAUAUCGUGUUGUUUUCCCUCUAGAGCUCAAGCUGACAAACACCAUGGAAGACGCCGACUGUGAGUAUUCUCUAUUUGCCGUGGUGGUUCAUGUCGGCAGUGGACCCAACCACGGCCAUUACGUUAGUCUUGUGAAAAGCCACAACCACUGGCUGUUCUUUGAUGACGAGAAUGUGGAAAUGAUUGACGAAUCCGCUGUUCAAACCUCCUUCGGUUCCGCUCAGGAGUAUGCAAGCAACACGGAUCAUGGCUACAUCCUGUUCUACGAGAGCCUUGCCGCCAAUAAUGCGAGCUGAUGAUCAGUGAGUUGACUCAGAUAAGUUGGCUGCUUAUUAUAGAAACAUUUUGAAGUAGAUGAAAAAAGUAUGAUAUGGGUUAGAUGUACAGUUGAUGGUUGCAUCAUUAUUAUGCUGCCAUUUUUCAGUUUCUCUUUCUCAAAGUACUUUAAGGCAAUGACUGAUAUGAUCAACUUUUUUUUUGGUUUUUGUUUGGAUGAUUCAAAUUUUAUGGAAAUAAUGAAAGAAAUUACUUGACUUACCAAAUCCUGAAUUCAAAUUGCAGGAUCAAUUUGUAUACCAUCAAUGUGUUUUCUGUACGUGUUUAGCUUCUUUGUUUUGUUUCUUGUGUUCUA